AUGAAAUUCGCCAAAGAGCUGGAACAGGAGCUCGUUCCCGAAUGGCGGGCGAAGUAUCUCGACUAUAAGAACGGCAAAAAGAAGGUUAAGGCCAUCACUCGCGCCCUCCAUCGGACGCAUCGCGGUCCUCAUACUUCGGCCAUCCGACCGCCUGUCGCCCACUCCCAUGUCGCGCCAGCUGGAGUCAGUCCGUCCGUCUCGGAUAAACACUUGGAUGCGACAGAGCCAAACAAUCAAGCGACCCCAAACCGGAGUAGCGCCAACCCGCCGUCGAACCCGCGUUCCACCCCCAUCCCCAAAGCUGAACGGCAGCCGCUCCGAACCCCUGGGUCACGAUUCUCGGAUACAGUUGGGAGCUAUGGGAGCAUCCUAGCGACCCCUCCUCAACAUGAGCUGGGGUCGGAGGAUGCGGGAUCCUUCGAGCUCCCAGACCCGGCCAUCGACCCGGACGAGGAGUACCAGCCGCCUGAUCAAGGAUCUGGUCGUCGCGGAGACAUUCAGACUCCGUCGCCGGUUAUGGCCCGACGCGCCACGUUUGGUGCAUCGCCUGCCAAUCCCGUGGCGGAGAGCCCGACAUACCAGAGCCACCAGAGUGGGACAGUCGUAAGGGCCAGUUCGACUCGGCGGACAUCCCAGCUUCUCCGACGUGUUUUCUCAAAUACCGAUGGCGAGUCGCCUGGGAAGCGAUCGCAGACUGAGGCGGUCUCCGAGGUUGACAAGCGCCAGGAUGAGUUCUUCGCGUUCUUGGAUGCCGAGCUGGCCAAGAUUGAUUCCUUUUACCAGAUGAAGGAACAAGAGGCGACAGAGCGAUUGCAGAUUCUUCGCCAGCAGUUGCACAUCAUGCGAGACCAGCGCAUCCAAGAGGUUUUAGCUGCCAGGCGGGCAGCCAAAGGGGGUGGCAGGCAAGCGCAUCACCGACAAAAUGGGUUGGGAAAACUCAACGGUGCUCGAUUGAAGGACACUCUUACUGGCAAGACGCGGUUUGGGAAGAACUCAGAGGCGUUGGCAGAAAUGGCUACUCCCGGACUGCACGCGAGAGAUCGAGAGUUUAUCGUCAAUCGCAGGGAUUUUAUGCGGCGGCAGGACCCACCGAACAACGAGGUGUCCUAUCGCUCGGCUAAGCGCAAACUAAAGCACGCCCUGCAGGAGUUUUAUCGUGGGGUAGAAUUGCUCAAGGGAUAUGCCUAUCUCAACCGGACGGCGUUUCGCAAGAUUAACAAGAAGUACGACAAGGCGGUCAAUGCGCGACCUCCGCUGCGGUACAUGUCCGAAAGGGUCAAUAAGGCGUCCUUUGUGCAGAGUGAAGUGACCGAGAGCCUGAUGGUGGCAGUCGAAGAUUUGUACGCCCGCUAUUUUGAGCGUGGGAAUCGCAAGAUUGCAGUCUCCAAGCUGCGCCACACCAUCAAGAAGUCGGGUGACUUCUCGCCCAGUACGUUUCGGUCUGGUCUUUUGUUGAUGGCCGGAACCCUGUUCUCUAUCCAAGCCUUAGUGUACGCGACACAGCAUCUGCGCUCGGCAGAGAAAGCCAACCAGGUCCGGACUAGCUAUCUACUUCAGAUUUAUGGAGGAUACUUCCUGAUCACCUUUCAUGUCUUGCUCUUUUGCUUGGAUUGUAUGAUUUGGACCAAGUCGAAGAUCAAUCAUGCAUUUGUUUUUGAAUAUGAUACCAGACACACCUUGGAGUGGCGUCAGUUGCUAGAGAUUCCCUCUUUUUUCUUCUUCCUAAUGGGUCUUUUCAUGUGGCUCAACUUCUCCUGGAUUAAUGCCAUGUACACCUACUGGCCGGUCGUUCUUCUUGGCUUGACGGUUGUCCUCGUUUUCUUGCCGGCUCGAGUGCUCUUCCACCGGAGUCGCAAAUGGUUUGCUUUCUCGAAUUGGCGUCUGUUGCUCGCUGGCAUAUACCCAGUAGAGUUCCGUGACUUUUUCCUAGGAGACAUGUACUGUUCUCAGACCUAUGCCAUGGGGAAUAUUGAGCUAUUUUUCUGUCUGUACGCCUCGUACUGGGGCUACCCACCCAAGUGCAACUCCUCCCACUCGAGGCUCUUGGGCUUUUUCCAGAGUCUUCCUUCAAUCUGGCGAGCCUUCCAGUGUAUACGUCGGUAUACCGAUACGAAGAACGCGUUCCCUCAUCUUUUGAACUUGGGCAAGUACAUUUUCGGUGUCCUUUACUAUGCUACUCUUAGCAUGUACCGUAUCAACCGACACACCCGCUUCCAAGCCUCGUUCAUCACAUUUGCCCUGCUCAACGCCGUCUAUACCUCUGUCUGGGAUCUCAUCAUGGACUGGAGUUUGGGUAACCCCUACGCGAAGCAUCCGCUCCUCCGAGAUGUGCUAGCAUUCCGCCGAGUCUGGGUCUACUACGCAGCCAUGCUCCUCGAUGUGGUGGUCCGAUUCAACUGGAUCUUUUACGCCAUUUUCACCAAGGAACUUCAGCAGUCUGCCCUACUCAGCUUCAUAGUUUCCUUCUCCGAGGUGUGCCGUCGCGGGGUAUGGUCGAUUUUCCGGGUCGAGAACGAGCACUGCACAAACGUGCUCCUGUUUCGGGCUUCGAGGGAUGUUCCUUUGCCUUACGAUGUUCCUAUCUCUAACACAGCAGCCCCCACACUCGAUGGCGCCCAGGCACCUGAGGACAUGCAACUGCAAGACCACCAGCAGCAGUAUGUGGGUACCCCGUUCAUGUCGCCUGGCGAUGUCGAGCAUGGGACCCCGUCAACGUCCGGCCAACAUAUUCGGAAUCGGCGCGCAUCUUCUGCGCGUGGAGGCAUUAGUCGGGUCGGGACUAUCGUCGCUUCGGCGCACGCCCAGGACUUUGAGCGGCGCCGACUCCCAUCCUAUCUGUCCAACGCGGAUGUGGGACGUGCUAUGUCACCCGGUGCAGAUGAUACAAGCGACGAGGACGAUGAGGUGGACUUCGUUACGGAUGAUGAAUCUGGGUCUACUGGGCAUGAUGCCCGUGAAGACGGGCGGACGACUCCCGAGCGAUCAAUAGGUCGCAUUCUUGAAUAA